GCGCAUGAUUGGCUGUUCAAUUUUUGCUCAUGAAUACGUCGCGUUCGGGUUUGCCUUGAGUACUGCUUUCAACCGUACCUUUGGUUCCGUUGUGUUUGUGGCCAAUUGAGAGAACUGAUGUCAGUGGCGCCCAAGUGGAACUUAGUGCAACGCGCGGAACGUUGGACUCUCGAGAUGAUGUGAGAAAUGGACUAAGCGAGUUCUUUGACGUGAGACGGGAGUAAGGACUCGUUGUCCAUAUAAAAGAUGUGCUGCCGCACUUCUGAAAAGUCGAAUCUCUAGAAAGGUUUAGAGCUUUAUUGAAUUAUCAUUUUUGAUUUCUCCCCGACAACAUGACAGACCAACGUUAUCUUGAGCAGCCGGAGCUCCAUUCCAAGGCACCAUAUCGAGCUGCCUUGAUGACACAGCCUGGGAAUUUGAGGGCAGCACUCAAGGAUGCUCAAGAAGACCCAACGAAAACGCUGUUUGGUGUCGCUCAGGGUAUGUCAAGUGUGUUUGUAACGAAGGUUCUCGCCUCGACACAGCCAGAUUUCAUCUGGAUGGAUGCUGAGCAUGCUAUGUUUGAUCGAUCGAGUUUGUACGAUGCAAUCCAAGCUGCUCAACACCACUCGGAAGGAAAGUCAAUGGUUGUUGUGCGGAUCCCCAAGCACGACGAAACAAUCUUAUCCACUGCUCUCGACGCCGGUGCCGCAGGGAUUGUGAUUCCUCACUGCGACAAUGCUGCAGAGAUCAAGCACAUUUUGAACGAAAUCUACUAUCCUCCAUUGGGUCAACGAUCAUUCUCGCCAUGGACUUUCACUCCAGGAAUUUCAGACAAGUCUUUGUACAAAGGUGAUCCAUUCAAUAUGGGUACAUCAAACAAGCACAUUGUCGUGAUCGCUCAAAUAGAAAGUGUUGAGGGCGUCAAGAACGUCGAUGAGAUCGCAGCUCUUGAAGGAGUCUCGGCUCUGAUGUUCGGGCCCGGAGACUUCAUGGCAGAUGCUGGAUUGGAACUCAAGAUGAGCGGCGAGCCGCAUCCUACUUUUGCCGCGGCAAUGGGUGCUUUCGCUGGUGCUGGUCAGAAAUAUGGCAAGCCCCUGUUUGGUGCUGCUAUGGCAAUGGAAAUGGUCCCAAUGAUGAUCCAACAAGGAUAUCGGGCCAUUGCUGUUGCGUUCGAUAUGUGGGGUCUAGCAAAUCUUGUUCACGGCAGCAUCGCAAAGGGCAGGGAAUUCGCUCAAGCUGCGGGGGCAACAAAUGGGGAAGCCAUCCCCAAUGGAAAAGCUCCGCCAUCGUAAAAUGUGUAUUACAGAACAAGUUUGGAGUUUGGCUAGCAGGUACAUGGUAUUUGGGAUUUUUCUUUGAGAUAGAGAUGAAUAGAACAGUCACGAUUUUUCUUUUGGGUUUCAAGGUUGUCACACAGGAGCCUGCACCCAGAAUCCUCACGCCGCAACCAAAUUUUAUAAUCUUGCAUUUUUC